AUCCAACAGGUUUUCGCGUUCCCGCCGCCACCACUUUCCUCACUCUGCCAACCUUUUCUUUCUUUUUUAUUGGGACUUCGCUUUUCUCUUUCUCUGUCAACUUAAAACAUUUCCUAGAAAGCUCAACAAAAAUCCUCAACACUAAUAAAUCACUAAUUACAGUCACAUCUAAAACUGUUCCAACCAUUUUCUCCUCCUAAAAUCCACACGUUUCUUCAUCAACUCUGCAAUGGCGGUGUCCAAGAGCAACAAGAAGAGCUACAUUUCCGUUCCCUCGCAGAUCAUCAACUCCAUCUCGCAGUCAUCGCUCGAUUCUUUGCUGCAGCCCCCCAAAAAGAAGCAGCAAACUUCAUGUUCAAAGCUUAGGGUUUUCCUCAAGAGCUCAAGAUUCUUCAUUUUCCUCAUCUGUCUGCUGGGCUUCCUCUGGAUGUUGAAGAUGCUGUUCAACUUCGACGCCUCGAUGCCCUUUUCGCAGUUUCCUUGUUCUGUAUCUCAAGAGAGUGAAGCGGCAAUCACAAACGGCGUUUCGAUUUCUGAGUUAGAAAAUGGUGAUGAGAGUGAGUUCUGGAAGCAGCCUGACGGAAUGGGGUACAGGCCUUGUUUGGAUUUCAGCGGCAGAUAUCGAAGAGAAAGCGGCGAGAUUGUCAAGGACAGGACAAAGUAUUUGAUGGUGGUGGUUGCUGGAGGCAUGAAUCAGCAGAGGAAUCAGAUUAUUGAUGCUGUUGUCAUCUCAAGGAUUCUUGGUGCAGCUUUGGUUGUGCCCAUUUUACAAAAGAAUGUUAUUUGGGCUGACGAAAGUGAGUUUGGUGAUAUAUUCGAUUUGGAUCAUUUCAAGAGUGUUUUGGCGAAUGAUGUGAGAAUAGUUUCAUCUCUUCCGUCGACACAUUUGAUGACGAGGCCGGUCGAGGAGAAGAGGACUCCCCUUCAUGCAUCGCCUGAUUGGAUUCGCUCUCAUUAUCAUAAAAAGCUUAGAAGGGAAGGUGUGUUACUUCUACGCGGCCUGGAUUCGAGGCUCUCUAAGGAUCUUCCUUCCGAUCUCCAAAAGCUUCGUUGCAAGGUGGCUUUUAAUGCUUUGCGGUUCUCCCCUCGUAUCAUGGAACUUGGUAACAAACUUACAGAGAGAAUGAGAAGCAAGGGACCUUAUCUUGCUCUUCAUUUGAGAAUGGAGAAGGAUGUGUGGGUGAGGACUGGCUGUCUUCCUGGCCUAACUCAUGACUACGAUGAGAUGAUAAACAAUGAACGAAAGGCACGCCCCGAGCUCUUGACUUCAAGAUCAAACAUGACCUAUCAUGACAGGAAACUCGCAGGCCUCUGCCCCUUGAACGCUUUGGAAGUUGCUAGGUUGCUUAAAGCUCUGGGAGCCCCCAAGAGCACGAGAAUCUACUGGGCAGGAGGCGUUCCGUUGGGUGGAAAAGAAGCCCUGCUGCCACUCACCUCAGAGUUUCCUUAUUUCUACAACAAGGAAGACCUUGCAUUGGCCGGUGAACUCGAGCCGAUAGCAAACAAGCCCUCCCUUCUGGCAGCUGUGGACGACAUAGUCUCUGAGAAUAGUGAUGUGUUCAUGGCCUCGCAUGGUGGGAAUAUGGGGCAUGCUAUUCAGGGGCAUAGAGCCUAUGCAGGGCACAAGAAGACUAUUAUCCCUAACAAAAGACAGAUGAUACCAUACUUCUUGAACCCUUCGCUUCCCGAAUCCGAGUUCAAUAGAGUGAUUCUUGACUUGCACCAGGAUUCCAUGGGACAGCCGGAGCUCAGGACCAGCAAAUCUGGGAGGGAUGUCACUAAGUACCCGAUCCCAGAGUGCAUGUGCAAUGGCACGACGUCGCGCUCCGCUGUCUAAAUUCUCUAGGAAUCUCACUCGUCACUACACGAGUUCUUGCAUCCCAUUUGAUCAUAGCAGUUAUGAUCUUCAUCUCUGUGCCAACUUGCCAAGCAAUCUUGUAGGCUGGCAUCGAUGUCUCUGAAGCUUAAAAAUGCAGCUAGGGAAGCUUUUCAGGAAAGAAGUAGUGAGAAAUUGCACAGAAGAUGAAGUGUUUAAGUAGAGAGGUGUACAAAUUGUAUCCUACAUUUCUACCCCAUUCAAUUUAUUUAUUCAUUCUUUGUUGUACCUAGAAGCAACAAUCAUCUAUACAUGUACAGAUGGAAAUGAAAUUUUUGGUUACGUUUUA